AUGGUGGCGUUGGUAUUUUUGCGAGGAUCAGUUAAUUUUCAGCGUUUUGUAUUCGCAUUGCUUGCCCUGGCGGCUCGGCUGGCUACCGUCAAAGCACAAAUGAGUUGCAUUACGCAGGACUAUUAUCUGCCUUCCAAUCAGCAGGUGUUCAAUAUAACUUCGCCGAAUUAUCCGGGCGCCUACAGACCAGGCACGAAUUGCAGAUUUCGUUUAAUUGCGCCUUAUGCGCAUGUGGUUGUGCUAAACUGCAUCUUCGACGUGUACCCAAACGCAUGUGGCACGGAGUACUUUUACAUAUCACGUGAUGGUGAUUUGGACUUUCGUGGGGGUGAGACCUACUGCACCAAUACGAAUAUAGUGCGCAAUUCGUAUUUUCGUCCUAUGACCGUGGGUUAUUACUCGUCCUCACUGGGUACCAAUCAGCAAGGUCGUUUCUUCUGCCAGGCAUAUGCACAGCGUCAACCUUGCAACUGCGGCUGGACCACACAGACGCGCAUCACUAACGGACAGGAAGCAACCAAACACGAGUAUCCCUCUAUGGUGGCUUUACGAGACAUCGGCUCCUCUCAACAGAUCUUCUGUGGCGGCAGUAUCGUUAGUAAUCGUCACAUUAUGACGGCAGCGCAUUGUAUAAACGUACAGCCAGAUGCACGAAGGAUCAUCGCCUAUGUAGGAGAUCACGACCUAAGCAGCAACACCGAAUCUAUUUUUGCUAUGCAACAUCGCAUCCAGCAGAUUAUCAUACAUCCGAAUUAUGUCUCGACAGCUAACGGUGUUGUCAACGAUUUGGCUUUACUCAUAACGAUCGCACGCAUCGAAUGGUCACGUGGUGUUGGACCUAUCUGUCUGCCAUUACUGCAAUCCUCUGAUUUAUUCACCUACCGCACUGUAGAUGUGACCGGCUGGGGCACCACUUCAUUCGCCGGUCCCAAGUCGAACACGCUGCAAAAGGUCGAGCUUAUGACUGUCGAGAAUAGCGCCUGCGAAACCCAGUUCAAUACCACCAUCACCGCCGCGCACAUUUGCACGCAUGAUUACCGGGGUUUGGGCCAGGACUCCUGUCAAUAUGACUCCGGCGGUCCGGUCAUACUGCGGCAACAGCAGCAGCUCUCUCAACCGUCACGCAUGUAUGCGCUCGGAGUUAUCAGCUAUGGCGGCACGUGCGGUUCGCGCUAUGCGGUGGGCGUGAAUACACGGAUCACUUCGUAUCUGCGCUGGAUCUGGAAUUAUUUGCAAAAUGUUGGCGGUGUGUGUGUGCCUUAG